AUGACUGACUCAGGAGCAGCCCACCCGUCCCCGCCCUCACUUGCGGAGCCCUUUAAGCUCCAUACUGCCCCCGCGGGGUCCAACCGCCACAAGAAUAGCUCACUAGCCACCGCUGUCGCGCCCUCGUACGAUUUGUACCAGCAAGACGACGCGCAACGGACGCACCGAGAACGGAAAGAAUUAUACAUUAAGGCACUCGAGGAUGAAGUACUGAGACUAAAGGAGAUAUUUAGCAAUGUUUCUCAAGACAAGGAGAAGCUUUCGGAAGAAAACAAGCAGCUCAAAACCGUUCUCGCUCAGAACGGUAUAAAUGUCCCAAGAGACGAGGCGCCCCCGCGUAGUGCUAGCCUCGGGUAUACUUCGACCGCCAGCAUCUCCGGCCAUAGUUACGCCCAAGGCUCCCACAGCGCCUUCACCCCCUCUCACGUCCCACUGCGACAAUUGACUGCCCAGCAGGCGCAGGCUGGUCGAGGCAUAGAUUAUGAGCAGGCAGGCAUUGACUUCGUCUUAACUCUCGAAAAGCCCUGCAUGACCCAUCUCCCAUGGCUACUAGAGAGGUCAGGUGACGCCGGUGGCGAGCCUUGUGGCCAUGCCCUCAUGGCAUCCUGUCCCCCGGAGCCUUUUCCGGAGCUCACACCAGAUAUCCCCUUUGGAUAUACGCAUGUCAACGGAGACCUAAGUUCAGGUCAACGCACAUGGGAGCUUAGCAAGGGCGACCUUGCCACUCUACUAGAUCUCAGCAAGAGACUCGAUCUCGACGGAGAGAUCACUCCCGUAAUGGCCUGGGGAAUGGUCUUGGGCUAUCCGAGAUUCAACGAACUGCGGCCCGAGGAUUUCCUUAAGCUCGCAGAAGAGCUCACUUCCAAGGUCCGGUGCUAUGGCGAUUCCUUCACCUAUACAAACGAGACUUUUGAGAUAAUGACGGUCAAGAGCCUCGUCGACCUUGUCGACAGCUGCCCGCCUGAUGAUGGCUGGGGCUGCAGCGUCACCUCCGACAUCACCCUAAACGGUGUCCCCUACGCCCCCUUCUCCAAAGGCGACAAGUUGAGCCGUGUCGCCGACUGGUCAUCAGAUUCCAAGGAUCGUGAUGGCAGGGGAAGGAACCAGUACAACAGGAACUAUCGUGACCAACAAGUAUACGGCGCAAACCAUGCCGUGAUCUUUAACGCUCCCCCACCGAAGACGAGGGAAGCUUCUCGGUUGUCAGCAACACGCGAGACAGCGGCAAGACCCGAUACGGACGUGGCGCCGUUUUCACAAGAGGCCGCGGUCAACGCGGUGGCCGUGGCGACAGGGGACGGGACGACAGACACUCAAAGAUCCGGCCGUGGAGGCCAGCAGGGCUACGGUGGCUAUGAUCGCGCUGGCAGGCCGAGCGCCGGUGGCCGCGGUGGCCGUCGCUUCGGCUGGAGGGACUACGACAAGCCUGCCCGAAACCGAGACGCCAGCGUCAACGUCAAGGCCGAGUGGCAACUCUUGGAGGAGAUUGACUUCAACCGCCUUUCCAAGCUUAACCUCGAGGCUGAUGAGGGUGAGGAUGUUGAGAGCUACGGUUUCCUUCACUACUACGACCGAUCCUUCGACAAGCCCGCUGUCAAGGGCACGGAGAAGCGCCUCACUGCGCUGGACCGUGCCGCGUACAAUGUCACGACUACUUCCGAUCCCGUAAUCCAGGAGCUCGCCGACAAGGAUGAGGCCACCAUCUUUGCCACCGACAAUGUCCUGUCCAUGCUCAUGUGUGCUCCCCGAUCCGUCUACCCUUGGGAUAUCGUCGUCGUCAGGCAAGGCAACAAGGUCUUCUUCGAUAAGCGGGACAACGCCGCUCUCGAUAUGGUUACCGUCAAUGAAAAUGCCGCGGAUGCUCCCAUGGACGCUUCGGAUGGUAACAAGGACACCAUUAACCAGCCCGGUGCUCUUGCUGAGGAGGCCACCUACAUCAACCACAACUUUGCCAACCAGGUUGUUCUCGAGAACGAGCGCAAGGUUGAGAUGCCCAACGCUAACCCCUUCUACAACGCCUCUGAGGAUACCGAUCCUCCUGCCAGCAAGGUCUACAAGUACAGGAGGUUCGACCUUUCCACCAACGAGGAAAACCCCGUUUCGUUGAUUGUCCGAGCCGAGCUCGAUGCUGUCCAAAAGAACGCGAUUAGCGGUGACGAUCAAUUCCUCACCGUCAAGGCGCUUAACGAGUUCGACAGCAAGGCUCCCGGCAGCGGUGGCGCUCUGGACUGGAGGGCCAAGCUCGUCAGCCAGCGCGGUGCCGUUGUUGCCACCGAGAUGAAGAACAACAGCUGCAAACUUGCCAGGUGGACCGUUCAAAGUAUUCUAGCCAAGGCCGACCUAAUGAAGCUCGGUUUUGUCUCUCGUGCUACUCCCCGUGCGAAUGACAAGCACGUUAUCCUCGGUGUUGUCGGCUGGAAGCCCAGGGACUUCGCCACGCAAAUGAACCUCUCUCUUUCCAACGGUUGGGGCAUCGUCCGGACCAUUGCCGACAUGUGCUUGCAACAUGGCGGUGAGAAGUUUAUCCUCGUCAAGGAUCCCAACAAGCCUAUUGUCCGCCUGUACGAGAUCCCUGCGGGGUCUUUUGACGAGGAUGAUGAGGAGGGUGAUGCCAUCGAGGAGGUUGCGGAGACGGAAGAAUAA